AUGGCUACUACAGUUGAAGGUAAGGGGCUAGUCCUUGAGAAUACUGCCCGUAGAGAUGCUCUAAUCGCUAUUGAAAAAAAAUAUCAGCGUCAAUGGACUGAAGAAGGUUUGUUCGAGCAAAAUGCUCCUAGUUUAGAAGAGGUCCCAUUAGGUAUGGAUUCUGAUGAACUACAUGCCAAAUACCCUAAAUUUUUAUCAUCCAUGGCGUACCCAUACAUGAAUGGUGUUUUGCACGCAGGCCAUAGUUUUACUUUAUCCAAGGUUGAGUAUUCUAUUGGUUUUGAAAGAAUGAGGGGUAAGAGAGCUCUUUUCCCACUUGGUUUCCACUGUACUGGUAUGCCUAUCUUGGCAAGUGCUGACAAAAUUAAGAGAGAAGUAGAAUUAUUUGGACCUGAUUUCUCUAAAGUACCACCAGAAGUGGAGGAAGAACCACAAGAACAAAAGCAAGAACCACAGCAACAAUCUGAGGAUGUGACCAAGUUUAAGGCCAAGAAAUCUAAGGUUGCUGCCAAGCAAGGCCGUGGUAAAUAUCAAUUUGAAAUUAUGAUGCAAUUAGGUAUCCCUAAGGAAGAAGUUAGUAAAUUUUCCGAUCCUCAACACUGGUUAACUUAUUUCCCUCCUCUAUGUCAAAGGGACUGUAACGCACUUGGUUCUCGUAUUGAUUGGAGACGUUCCUUUAUCACAACUGAUAAGAACCCAUACUAUGAUGCAUUUAUCAGAUGGCAAAUGAAUAGAAUGAAGGAAGCAGGUAAGAUCAAAUUCGGUGAACGUUACACUAUUUACUCCGUUAAAGAUGGUCAAGCUUGUAUGGAUCACGAUAGACAAUCUGGUGAGGGUGUGACUCCUCAAGAAUACAUUGGUGUUAAGAUUGAAGUUGUUGAAUUUGCUGAUGCCGCCAAACAAAUUAUAGAAUCCAAUGCUUCCAUCGAUAAAAGUAAGAAAGUUUACUUUGUUGCAGCUACAUUGAGACCAGAAACCAUGUACGGUCAAACAUGUUGUUUCGUUUCACCAAAGAUCACCUAUGGUAUUUUUGAUGCUGGUGAUUCUUACUACAUUACCACUGAGCGUGCUUUCAAGAACAUGUCUUACCAAAAAUUGACCCCACAAAGAGGUGUUUAUUCUCCUGUGGUUAACAUCGAUGGUAAGGCAUUGAUCGGUUCUAGAAUUGAAUCUGCGCUGUCAGUCUACAAGGACUUAAGAGUUUUGCCUAUGGAAACUGUUCUCGCUAACAAAGGUACUGGUGUCGUUACUUGUGUUCCAUCCAAUUCUCCAGAUGAUUUCAUGACUACCAAAGACUUGAAAAACAAGGCCGCAUUUUACGGUAUUGAUGCUAGCUGGGUUAAAGAUGAAAUUCUACCAAUCAUCCACACCGAUAAGUAUGGUGACAUUACCGCUGAGGCUGUUUGUAAGGAAUGUAAGAUUCACUCCCCAAGAGAUACCAAUUUGCUUGCAGAAGCUAAGAAGUUGGCAUACAAGGAAGAUUAUUACUCUGGUACCAUGAUUCACGGUAAGUACAAGGGUAUGAAGGUUUCUGACGCUAAGGCUAGAGUUAGGGAUGAUAUUGUUGCCUCUGGCGAUGCUUUCGUUUACAACGAACCAGAAGGUCCAGUCGUUUCUCGUUCUGGUGAUGAAUGUAUCGUCUCUUUGGAAGAUCAAUGGUACGUGGACUACGGUGAAGAAUCUUGGAAGAAGCAGACUCUUGAAUGUUUAGAAAGUAUGGAAGUUUUCGCACCAGAAGUUAAAAACGCCUUUGAAGGUUGUUUGGAAUGGUUAAAGAACUGGGCUGUUUCUCGUACUUACGGUCUAGGUAGUAAGUUGCCAUGGGAUCCUCAAUACUUGGUCGAAUCUUUAUCUGAUUCUACCAUUUACCAAGCUUUCUACACCAUUGCUCAUUUGUUGUUCAAGGAUUUCUACGGUAACGACGUUGGUGUUUUGGGUAUCAAGGCUGAACAAAUGACUGAUGAAGUUUUUGAUUAUGUUUUCCACCACAGCGACAGGGCACCUGAAUCUGGAAUUCCAUUGAAGUCUUUGCAAAUCUUGAGAAGAGAAUUUGAAUACUUCUACCCAUUAGAUGUUUCCAUCAGUGGUAAAGAUUUGAUCACUAACCACUUGACUUUCUUCAUCUACACAAACGUUGCCCUUUUCCCUAGAAAAUUCUGGCCAAGAGGUGUGAGAGCCAAUGGUCACUUGAUGUUAAACAAUGCCAAGAUGUCUAAGUCCACUGGUAACUUUAUGACUUUGGAACAAAUCGUUGAAAAAUUCGGUGCUGAUGCUUCUCGUAUUGCCCUAGGUGAUGCUGGUGAUACUAUGGAGGACGCCAACUUUGAUGAAUCUAAUGCAAAUGCAGCUAUUUUGAGAUUGUUCAAUUUGAAAGAAUGGGCUGAAGAAACAGUUAAGAGCGCCGACCAAUUCAGAACUGGUCCAUCUGAUGAAAUCUUUGAUGUGGCCUUUGAAAACGAAAUGAAUGCUUUAGUUGAAGAAACUUACAGACAAUACGAAUUGACCAACUACAAGAAUGCUUUGAAAUUCGGUCUAUUUGAUUUCCAAGCCGCUAGAGAUUACUAUCGUGAAUCUUGUGAAACAAUGCACAAGGAUCUAGUUCUUCGUUACAUUGAAGUUCAAUCUUUAUUGUUGGCACCAAUUGCUCCUCACUUCUGUGAAUACAUUUACCGUGAAGUUUUGGGUAAACAGGGCAGUGUGCAAACUGCUAAAUUCCCUCGUGCCACCAAACCAGUGGAUCAAGGAGCUCUUUCUGCUCUAGAAUACGUUAGAUCUCUACAGAGAGGUAUCAGAGAAGCUGAAGGUCAAGCUUUGAAGAAGAAGAAGGGUGGUAAGCAGCAAAGUAUCGACCCAUCCAAGCCAGUGAAAUUGAUCCUAUUGGUUUCAGAAUCUUUCCCUGAAUGGCAAUCUCACUGCGUGGAAAUUGUCCGUGAAUUGUUUGCUCAACAAUCUUUGGACGAUAACAAGAAGAUUAGAGAAAGAGUUGAGCCUAAAGAAAUGAAACGUGCAAUGCCAUUCAUCUCUUUGUUGAAGCAACGUUUGACUACUGAACCUCAUGAAGUGGUCUUUAACAGAGAAUUACUCUUUAACGAAACGGAAACUAUCAAAUCCACCAAGGAUGUCUUACAAAAGGCCCCUCAAUCUCUAAGAGUGGAAGAAAUCGUUGCUAUCCAAUUCCCAUACGAAUCCAAGGUCGGUACAAACAUCUUUAAUGGUCAAGAAACUGCUUUGCCUAACGCUGCUAAGGCUGUUGAAGGAGCAAUUCCAGGUAGCCCAGGUAUUUUAUUCGAGAAUUUGUAA